AUGGACAAGACGAAAGUAUCGGAGCCGUGGACUGACGAGGAUGGUUGGACGCAUACAGGUCUUCUCAACAAGUUUGGGGAGGAGUACGUCUUCGUCUCUUCCGACUACGAGUGGGUUCAUCCCACCAAUACCUAUGGGGAUAACCAGCUCCCCCAGCCGCCGGGGCGAUUCAGAUCGCGCGAACAGGCGGAGAAGGACCGGAUCUUCGGGUACCCGCCGCGGCUGGGGGAGCGUAAUCUCCCGCAGCAAAUGAAUCUCCCUUUUCGACUGGAGGACGUUGACGAGGAAAAGGCUAAGGUCAAAGCACGAGACGCUGCCCGGCUGAGGGGCAUCCCGGUUGAUCGGACGAUGUCUGCCGCGGAGAUUGAGGCCUUGAUCGCGCAGCAUGACAACGCUGGGCAGAGUGAGCCCGCGAAGGAGGGGAAGCCUGCCAGUGGUUCGCGCAAGAGAAGGCGCACGGAGCCCGUCAAUGCUACCCCUGACCCGACUUCGGGGAUCAAGAGACGGCGACAGAAUCCGAGUGUUCCAAGUCCCGCUGCCGCCGCCGCUGGCGCCACUGCCGAGAAGCCAAGUCUUACGGUGAAGUUCAAGUUCUCCAACCCCGCGAAAGCGGCGGCCGUGGCAAGGCUUUUUGGGGCAAUGCCAUCCAGCCCAUCAAAGAAACGUCUUCUCGCCGACGCGGAGACGGAUGGUGACGCCAGUUCCCCUAAGAGACGCAAGCCAUCGCCAGAGACAGCCAGUCCUGCCGAUCAGAACCAGACACCCAAUGGUCGUCCGCGGCGCCGUGCGGCAACGGCUCUUAUGGCCGAUUUUCAGUCUCACGCCGAGGAGAGGGCGCGUCGGGCCGCCCGAAAGAAGGCCGCCACUCCUUCGAAACAGGGAGGCGGGGUGCCGAGGGUGUGCCCAUGA